AAAAAAAUGGGCGCCAAUACAGAAAUCGUUUACGACGCGCACUGCCAUAUCCACGAGACGCCCGAAUCGUACGCGGCCCUGGACCAGCACAAGCACAUUGUGUACUGUGUGCAGGGGACCAACUACGCCGACUGGCAGGCUGUGGUGGAGCUGAAGGCGCGGCACGGAGACCAGAUCAUCCCGGCGUUUGGUGUGCACCCGUGGUUUGCCGGUGGAGUCGAGUCGGGUGAGAUCCCGGCGGACUGGCAGGCAAGGCUCAGGCGGCUGGUGACGCAGCACGGCGGGAUUGUCGGCGAGUGCGGGUUGGACAAGGCGGCGCGCAGCCCGGCAACCGGCGAGGUGUACCCGCUCGAGCCACAGCUGGUGGUGCUGCGCGCACAGCUGGACAUUGCAUGCGAGCUGGGCGUAGGCGUGUCUGUGCACUGCGUGCGGGCGUUCGGGGCGCUGGGCGACGCGCUUCGUGAGGCUGAGCGCUGUGGGCGGCUGCCGCCACGCAUCAUGCUUCACUCGUACAGCGGGUCGGCCGACAUGCUGGCGCAGGUUUUUUUCAAGGGCGAAGUGGGCAGGCGCAUGUUUGUCAGCUUCUCAAGGGCAGUCAACGGACGCAGCGCCAAAAGGGCGGCGCAGUGCAUGCAGGCUGCGCCGGAGAGCCAGAUUCUGGCCGAGUCCGAUUUGCACGACGCUGCGGCAACAGCGGGCGCCUUGGACGCCAUCACGGCCCUGAUUGCGGAGGCGCGUGGGUGGUCGGGGGACGAGGCCCGUGAGCGGCUGGCAGCCAAUGCACGCCGCUUUUUCAUUGCUGGGAGCGAAGAAGGCACUUUAAAUGCACAUUGUUCGAAUUGAAGCAGAUGACUUGUGCUAUUUAUAAGCCAUUGGCGUUGUUUUUUGCCAUUAGCCAACUCUGUUUUUAUUUUUGGACAGCGACUGCAUUGUCAGAUUGCUGGAUUGUUGGUGUUGGGUUUUGGGUUGGGUUUGGGUUGGGUUGGGAGCGGAGGAGUUAGGCAAUGGAUUGUUGGGUUGGGAGCGGAGGAGUUAGGCAAUAGUGCGUGCUAAGCUGGCGCUUGCAUCUUGUUUUCUAUGUCCAAGCGGUUCAGGUUUUGUUUGCUACUGCUCCAUUUGAACAAUCAGCAAUUGUCCAUUUAUGUAUCUGCGUGUGGGGAGUGUAUUUGCGUGAUGUGUGAUCUUUGGGAUGUAUGAGAUGGAGGCAGGGCAGGGCAGGGCAGGGCAGGGCAGGGCAGGGCAGGGC